AUGGCGGCGAACGGACACGGCGCGCCGCCAUCCCAACAGGCCCAGGCCCAGGUCGACCGCAUUGUUCACGCAGACACAGCCAAAGACCGCGUCGCCGUGCAUACCUUCAACCCUGAUGCGUCCCCACAGGAUAAGGCUGCUGCCGCGGGCAAGCCCAGAGACCAGCUCAAGCCACAGGGCGGCGACUUUGGUUCAGGAGGCAAGGAGCUGCCUGUGGACAUGAGCAAUAGCCAGGUUAUACCUACAAUUACAAUCACAGAGCAUUUGGAUGAGAUGGUUGACAGCGACUCACUGCAUAAGGAGGAAGCACCGCCCCCUGACAUACCGCAGGUCCCAGGGACAAUGCCUUCGAGUCCUGCACCUGUCAUCCCGGACUGGUAUAAAGUGGGAUGGCGCGCAGUUGGCGGACUUGACACUCCCACGAAGAGCGACGGAGAGGAGAAGGAAAAGUCGGUAUUGGCUGCCUUCGUGCAUGAGCAGUACUAUGGAGAUUGGUAUCAUAACGCGGCCCUUGUAGUGGCGGCGGUCGUGGUGUCGCACUUCCUGACACGUUUCAACUUUGGUUGGGGUUGGCUCUUUCUCCUCCUUGCAUUCUGCAACACGUACUAUACGACAUCCAUGGCACGUGUUCGGCGACGUGCACGGGAUGACAUCCAAAGGGAACUCGUCAAAACGCGACUGGACGCCGAGUUUGAGUCCGCCGACUGGAUCAACAACUUUCUUGACCGAUUUUGGCUUAUCUACGAGCCUGUGCUUUCCCAGACGAUCAUAGCUUCCGUCGAUCAAAUUUUGAGCACAAAUUGUCCCGCGUUCCUCGACUCCAUCCGCCUGAGCACAUUCACCCUUGGUACGAAGGCGCCACGGAUCGACAAAGUGAAAACGUUUUCGCGUACUGUAGACGAUGUCGUACUAAUGGAUUGGGGCUUGUCGUUCACCCCGAACGACGUAUCCGAGCUUACAGAGAAACAGGCCCAGGACAAGGUCAACCCCAAAAUCGUGUUGUCAGUGCGCGUUGGCAAGGGCAUUGCGAGCGCGUCAAUGCCUGUUCUGCUUGAGGAUAUUUCAUUUACAGGCGUCCUUCGCGUGCGCCUAAAGUUGAUGACGACAUUCCCGCAUGUGCAGCUUGUAGACUUGUCAUUCAUGGAGAAGCCCGUGUUUGACUGGGUGCUCAAGCCAAUCGGUGGCGAGACUUUUGGUUUUGACAUUGGUUUUAUCCCUGGAUUGUCGUCGUUCAUCCGGGAUAUGGUGCACAGCACACUAGGUCCUAUGAUGUACGAUCCCAAUGUCUUCACGCUUAAUCUUGAGCAGCUGCUUUCUGGUGAGCCCCUCGACACGGCUAUCGGUGUUUUGCAGAUUACGGUGCAAUCCGCUCGCGGCAUCAAAAGCAAUAAGAUUGGUGGAGGCACUCCGGACCCCUACGUCAGCUUCAGCAUCAAUAACAGGGCGGAAUUGGCGAGGUCAAAGUUCAAGCAUAGCACAUACAAUCCGACUUGGAUGGAGACAAAGUUUUUGCUUGUCAAUUCACUCACCGAAUCAUUGAUUCUAUCUGUAAUGGACUACAAUGAGCAUAGGAAGGACACGGAGAUUGGCAGUGCGAUGUUUGAUUUGUCCAAGCUUCGAGAGGAGGGGACAUACGAAGGCAUUGAAGCGCCCAUACAGAAGGAGGGCAAAGAGAAGGGCAUUCUCCGCUUUGACGUGACAUUCUACCCUGUGCUCAAGCCAUCAGUAGACACAGGUGGCAUGGAAAAGGUGCCUAAUGAUACCAAGGUUGGUAUUGUCCGAUUGACGAUUCAUCAAGCAAAGGAUUUGGACCACUCGAAGUCGAUUUCAGGCGAGCUGAACCCAUUCACGCGGGUGUACCUAGGCUCAGAUUCUAAGCCGAUGCAUUCAACUAACAAGAUGAAGCAUACUAAUAGCCCUGUCUGGGAGUCGAGCACAGAAUUUCUCUGUACGGAUCGAUUAUCGUCCCUGAUUACAAUCAAGGUGGUGGACGACCGAGAUCUUCUGAAGGACCCGAUCAUUGGGUAUAUGCGCGUGAAGUUGGAGGACUUGCUGGACGCAAAGAAGGAGGCGGGUCGGGACUGGUGGCCUCUCAGUGGGUGCAAGACCGGUCGCAUCAGGAUGAGUGCGGAGUGGAAACCACUCAAUAUGCCUGGUAGCGUGCAUGGAGCGGACCAAUACGUACCCCCAAUCGGAGUUGUGAGAUUGUGGUUGCAGAAGGCGAUGGAUGUCAAGAAUGUCGAAGCAGCAUUGGGGGGGAAGGCAAGCACUCGGCUUGUUGCGCGUGCGAAUCUAACUAAUGUGUUCUGGGAAGAGCGAUCCAUAUUGGGAUGCGCAGACUUGAAUCCGGAGUGGGACCAAAUCAUCUACAUUCCAGUGCAUUCGUUGAAGGAGGCCCUGAUGCUCGAGUGCAUGGAUUACCAACAUCUCACGAAGGACCGCUCCCUUGGGUACGUCGAACUUAAACUAUCCGACCUUGCAAAGCCGGCCGACGGCGACUUCCCUUACAUCUCCACCGGCAAGAAAGUCGCUGUCGACCCCAUACAUCUCGACAACGGCUCUUUUAAGGGUCAACUUCACUACGAAGCCGAGUUCAUCCCUGCCAUCGCUCUCAAGGGCGUUGGUUUCGAUUCCGGCGGUAAUCUUAUUGAGCGUGCGGCCCAACGCGGUGUGGAGGCAGAUGGAGACAUUGUCGAUGAUCAUUCUUCUACUUCAUCUCUCAAGCACGAGCGCUCCAAUCACCGCGUCCCCGAGGGAAUUACUGUAUCUCAGCCCCUCGAUCUCGACGAAAGACCAGAGCACGAGGAAUCCAACGGAAGUUCACGGCCAACUACGCCGACUGCCAACCGUGCCCAUGACAUCCCAAAGGCGCCCAAUGGUACUAAGGUAGAGGAGGAGCAACCGGAAGAGGAAGGUAUCGAAAUGUCCAAAGAAGAAUUGCUCCAGCACCAGUCAGGCAUUAUCAUCUUCAAUGUCAUUUCGGGGCAAUUGCACAAGAAAGCCCGCCUCGAGGUGCUCCUCGAUGAGGCCUAUUGGCCUGCAUUUAGUACUGUUCGACCUCGUAGCCAUCGUGCCCACUGGGAGUACAUUGGUGAAGGCUUUAUCAAGGAGCUCGACUUCUCACGCGUCUGGUUCCGUUUGAACGAUGCCGAUGAGGGCGACAGGGACCAAAUCGUUGCGGAGUGGAAGGGUGACGCAAAGCAAUUUUUGCAAAAGGCAUUGGAUGGGCCCACUACGUUUACCCUCAUGCACAAGGAGGACGAUGAGAAAAAAUCCACGGUGGAAGUCGAGGCUCAAUAUGUACCAGUACCUAUCAAGCUGGAGCCUAGAGAGAGCGUCAACAAUCAGGGUACCCUUCGCGUAGAUCUUCUCGUUGGUCGCGAGAUCCAAGGCGUUGACAGAGGAGGCAAAUCUGAUCCAUUUGUCGUCUUUACCUUGAAUGGCCAGAAAGUUUACAAGUCACAGACAAAGAAAAAGACGCUCUCUCCAGAGUGGAAUGAGAGUUUCCCUGUUCAAGUUCCUUCGCGUGUUGCUGCCGACUUCACUUGCGAAGUGUUUGAUUGGAAUCAAAUCGAACAGGCUAAGAGUCUGGGUUCGGGCAAGAUCGAACUGGCUGAUAUCGAACCAUUUACUGCUACAGACUGUGACAUUCUUCUAUCAUCGGCCAAGCAUGGGCAGAAGGGGAGCCUCAAAGUCCGCUUAAUGUUCCAGCCCGAGAUCAUCGGCACAUCCCUAUGGGAGCAGGAAAAGGGGUCAUUCACGGCGUGA